CCUAGGUACCUUACAUUAGCCGAAUUCAUGGAACACGAUGCUUGCUCUUCCCAACAUUCUGCAAGCGUCCUUGUGUAUUUCUCUUUAGAUACCAUAAGAAUCAAUUGAAUAAGACGACAGUUCGCAGCCAUGUCCGUUGUAAGUCUCGCCUCCGGCGACCCAACCUGCACAACCGAAGAAGUCCACGCCCUCGCCCAAGCAAACAACUUCGCCAUCGAGCCCGGCAGUGAAAAUGAAGCAGGCUUCCUGCUCUUCGCCAACAGUUUCAGCGCGGUAUGCAAGACCAUCGACGAGUUGCCCGAUUACGAAGACCCGCGGACGGAACCGGUGGAAGUCGAGGGCGGCGAGCGCAAGUACUACCGGCCUGACGAGAAGGAGAAUCCGCUCAAUGCUUGGAUGUUUCGGACGGAGUUGAGGGCUAAGGACGCUGCGGCGCGAAGGGGCCCGCUGGCGGGGAAGACGGUGGCGGUGAAGGAUAAUAUGUGUGUUGGUGGGUUGCCGAUUAGUUUGGGCGCUUCGGCGGAGUUGUUUAGUUCAGGACAGCAUCCGAUCAGUCCGAUUGAUGCUACGGUUGUUCGCCGCGUCCUUGAAGCCGGAGGGACGAUCAAGGGAACAGGCGUGUGCGAGAACCUGUCGCUUUUUCCCGUCAGCUACAGCUCGCACGCCGGGGCGGUGCACAAUGCGUGGCUACCAGGUUACGCCACCGGGGGCAGCAGCUCUGGAUGCGGAGCUCUUAUCAGCAUCUCGGAUGUGGAGGACGCGAGGAAGGCCGGCCACGACAGCAGGCAGUAUCCGCUCGGCGAGGGCGUUGACAUUGCGUUAGGCGGCGAUCAGGGCGGCUCGAUUCGUCUUCCGGCAGCAUAUUCGGGCUACUAUGGUCUUAAGGCUACGCAUGGCCUUAUACCGUACACGGGGAUAGGCUCUUUGCAUCCUCUCAUCGAUCACGUUGGGCCAAUGGCUCGGACUGUGGAGGAUACUGCUACAUUUCUGGGGGUCCUUGCGGGCUAUGAUGGUAUGGAUCCUCGAAUGGGACCCGAGUCACCGCUGAGAUCCCAAGUACCGGACUAUCUUGGAGAACUGGAAUCGUGGGCUAAGGAGAAAAAAGGACUUGGUGAAUGGACCUCUUCCGCAGCUGCUAGAGGCCUAAGAAUCGGAGUCGUGCAAGAGUCUUUCGAGAUUGCACCACUGGAGCCGUCCGUCGCCAAAGCCACCCAAAACGCAAUCGACCGCUUCAAGAGUCUCGGCGCAGAUGUGAGAGAAGUGUCCAUCCCUUCGCACAAAUACGGAGGGGCGCUUUGGUCGGUGACUACACGGCCAUUGAUCCCUCACUUUCUCGCAGCCAAGCCCCCGGACCUGCUGGCACACACCAUGCCACAUAUCGAUAUCGUUGCCCCAGGGCAGCCUUUCUUCGAUGCAUUGGCCAACAAGAACCCAGCACCGCUCAACGUGAUCAUGAACGCGACGUACAUGGAGCAGAAAUACGGCAAUGGCUUGAGCCGUAAGGCGUAUAUGCACGUCUUCCAGCUGCGCGCCGCUUACGAUGCAGCGUUGGAAGAUGUCGACAUCCUCCUCACGCCCAUGACGUCUACCGUCGGGCCCAAGAUCCCGGCGUCGGCCUUGAAGACGGAAGCGAAUCCGAACGGCCAGAGCAAGAGGUUUAUGGAUCUGUACGACCCGAUCAUAGGAAACACGAUCAAUACUUGCCCGUUUAACUUGUCGGGACACCCGGCGAUGAGUAUGCCUGUGGGAUGGGGAGAUGCGAAGAAUGAGAAGGGUGAAGUGGAAGGCCGUCUGCCUGUGGGUCUGCAAAUUGUGUCGAAGAGAUGGGAUGAGGUAGCCUUGUUGAAGGCUGCAAAGGCGUGGGAAGUUGGAGGGAGAUGGAGCGAUGAAUAGAUGAGAUCAUGCCAUCGUCAAAUGUAAAAUAGCUGCAUGCUAUUCCAUUUUUGCCGCGGAAGGCUGUCAAAAGG